AUGAACUCAGCGCAACGAAACCUUCGAGAUGAGGCUAGCUUCGCUCCAGUCGAACAUCAUUUGAAAAAGACGAUUAUCGAACGGUCUAAAUCACUUGGUGUAAUCGGAUCAAUAAUAGCUCACAGAGGGCGCAAACGGCAGCGUUUAAUCAUUAAACUUAGCCACACAUUCAUUAUCUCAGAAACAGCCAUCAUCCCUUGCUCAUCUCUGGCAGUCGACAAACUCAUUCUUCUUCUUUCUCUUCUGGACAACAUGAACUUACUGAUCUCAUCCUCUCUCUGCAACUACCACAUUUCAAAGGUACCAUUGACGCCCACAAGGCUCGGAUGUAGAUAUAGUUUUUGCAAUACCCGGUUGUUACCCACCAAGAACUUCAAAAUAAGUGCCAAUGCAAAUGAAGUGGAUGCGCAGACCACAGUGGAGGAAUCCGAGCAAGACCUGAAACUAGAAGAAGAAGCAAAAGAAACAAACAAAGUUUCUGCCCCUGUAAUCGACAAAGACCUCAAAAAGGCGGUUCAAAAGACUGCGGCAACCUUUGCACCAAGAGCUUCCAUAGCCACCAAAAAUCCUGCAGUACCAGGGACUGCCUUGUAUUCAGUUUUUGAGGUUCAAGGGUAUGCCUCAAUGCUGUUAGGUGGAGCACUUUCUUUCAAUCUCAUUUUUCCAUCAAACGAGCCAGACAUAUGGAGAUUAAUGGGGAUGUGGUCCAUUUGGAUGUUCACAAUUCCUUCUUUACGUGCUAGAGACUGCUCCAAGAAUGAGAAAGAAGCUCUUAACUAUCUAUUUCUCCUCAUCCCUUUGCUUAACGUCAUAAUCCCUUUCUUUUGGAAGUCCUUUGCCGUUGUAUGGUCUGCAGAUACAAUAGCCUUCUUUGGAAUGUAUGCAUGGAAGUUUGGAUGGCUACAGAGAAAAGAGUAAGAACAACCUAAGUAUUUUCAGGUUUUUCUUUGAUCGGAUCGAUGGACUUACUUCCAACUGAUCGUUGAUCUUAUUAUCUACGGUGCUGUUCAGCAAAACGUUUCUUGAAAUCCAGAACUCUGCACAUUACGACCAAUGACACGAUUGCCUGUUGUUACCCCAAAUACAGAGACAAAGACACUGCCUUCUCUUUUGCUAUUUUAGAUAUGGAUCGACCAUUUUCUUUUUUUUUUGAGGUUUUGGGAGUUGAUAUACUGGGAUGGAUAAUACACAGAGAGUAUAAAGUUCACUGUACGUAGGAAGACAAUUUGUGAUAGC